UUUGAUGAGGAUCCUAUAUAAUAAUGGCAGAACAAGAACUCUCAAACCCUAAUUCGAUCUUCUUUUAGUUUAUUUAAUUUGUGAGCCCAAAUCACAUCAAGAUUGCGCAACAUGAAUCCUUGGAACCCGUGUGAUGAUUUAUACUUUCAGAUUUCAUCAUCUUCUGCUGACUAUUCAUCCCUCCCUAUAAUCCAAACAUCACCAUCAGCCGUGGAAGAUCAUCAUCAUCAUCAGAUCCUGGUUCAUGGAUAUGAAUAUGAUCCUGCUAUGGUGGAUGCAAGUGCAAGUGUACCACCUUGUCCAAAUCAAAAGGGAAAGGGAAAGGGAAAGCAGCCAAAAGAGUUGACUCCUAAUAAUAAUGCUUUGGGAGCAGAAGAUGGUGAUGAGAACAAGAAGUGGAUGCAUAGGGAGAUAGAAAAACAAAGAAGGCAAGAAAUGUCAAGACUUUGCACCACCUUUAGAACUCUUCUACCUUUUGAAUAUAUUAAGGGAAAGCGUUCAACUUCUGAUCACAUGCAUGAGGGGGUGAAAUACAUCAAACACUUACAGAAUAGGGUGGAAAAGUUGCAAGCCAAAAGGGAUGAGUUAGUGAAGUUGAUUAAUUUGAGACCUAAGAGUGGAAGUAGUUCUUCUUCUUCUACACAGCAUGAUCAUCAUCAUCAUUAUCAUCAAACCUUUGUCAUUGUUGAACCCUUUUCCGGGGGAGUUCUGAUUAAGUGUAGUUAUAGCUUCAGGAACUAUGCAUUCCCUUUAUCAGGUAUCUUGGACAUUGUGCUUAGACAAGGCCUUAAUGUUGUUGAUUGUACUUCAAUCACCACUGAUGAUCACAGGUUCAUACACACUAUCCGAUCAGAGGAUCCACAAGUGAUGACCACUGAGACUGACUACACUGAACUGCAAAGAAAGCUUAAGGAAGCUAUAUCAUCAUCAAGUAAUUAGUAUUCCGCUACAUACAUACUAUGUAUCUUUUUGUGCUUCACAAAAUUAUCUUAUGUGGCCUCGCCUGUUUUUAAUCUUUUUCGGUUAAUUAUAAUUUAUUAGUAUCAACUGUAGGUUUGCAGGAAUGAUGUUUGAACUUGAGAGUUGAUAUAUCAUUAAGGUGCAAUCGUAUUAGUAUAUGUGGUAAAGUAUAGUGCGGUAACUCAUUAAUGUAUGUCAGAUAUAAUAAUAAU